AUGUAUAGACGGCGAGAGGGUGGCCGCAUGGCCAUACUUGGCGACUACCUCUACUGGGAUGGCGGAAAAGUGAGCAGGUGUAAAAACAACAAGUGCCCCUCCACGGGAGACCACUCAGCAGCUUUGAAUGGAACGCUGUCGAUUCCACUAAACACAGACUGGACCAAUUCGACAGUGAGUUUCAAGGAGUCAAAGUAUCCGAAUGGCAUGCCCAGAAGUAGCUGGUUUUCACUAUGGCCCGACGAAAAGUCUGGCACGAUGCACAGGUGGGGUGGUGAGCGUGUAAAUUUAAAAGGAAAUACGACCGUUAAAGAGGGGGACCAAACGCCCAUGUGGAUGUUCAAGGCCGACAACAAAGGCGGAGGAGAAUGGUCAAUACAGAAACCCACGGACGGGAACAAAUUCCAGGACGAGCUGAACCGAAACUUCAACGGCGCAGGAGCAGUUUGCGGUGGCAAAGGAUACUAUCUCGGCGGCUCGGUCACUUCCAAGAGCAACUACGAUCCGAAUAGCGCGGGGAACUCAAAAUCAGGCUCCAUCCCGUCAGGCCUACUGAAGUACGACUUGUCAGAUCAUAAAUGGGAGGGAAACAUCUCAAGCACAGCAGGGUUUCCGGAGCUGGGGAAGGCAAAAUGGGGCCAGGCAGUGUGUUUGGAGAACUUCUCGAAGAAACCGCUUGUCAUGUUCCUCGGCGGAGCCACGACUACUAACGACAAAACCUGGACCGAGGUUGACUUCAACAGUGUUGCUCUGUUUGAUCCUAGUACGGACAAGUGGCAUAGGCAAAAUACGACGGCGAUGUUGGGCAGCGUGCCCCAACCAAGGUAUCAUUUUUGCAGUGUGGGUGCACGGGGGAAGAACAACACAUACGACAUCUUUUUAUACGGAGGCCGUCAGGGAAGCGCUCCUUAUGCUGCAUAUGGCGAUGUCUGGAUCCUUUCUCUCCCGGGCUUUGUAUGGACGUCCGUCACCAACUCGGACAAAGGCGCGCCCCGAUGGAGUCACCAGUGCGCGGUGGCGGGGAAAAGCCAGAUGAUAUCCAUGGGUGGUAUAUCGGGCUGGAAGGCAGACACGUGGAAGGACGAUUCGUGGAAAAGGACACUUGGAGUUUACGACAUGGUUGAAUUGGGUUGGAAGAGCGGCUACAAUGCCUCCGCAGGAGAUUAUGAUACUCCCCAGGCUUUCAAAACUUGGUAUCAGCAAGGAGGAGAGGCGCAAUGGAGCAGUGACGAGUUGAAGGCACUCUUCGCCGCUGAUACUCCCUCGUCUAACCCUAACUCUAACAAUACCACGGAACAGACAGCUGGCGCAGGCGGCCCCAACAUCCCAGCAAUAGUUGGAGGAGCUGUGGGGGGGCUCAUCUUCUUAGCACUAGCUUCUGCUGCAAUCUGGUUUCUCCUGAGUCGGAGGAGUAAGUCUCAUAAACAUUCGAGGCUGACCGAGAUCUCCGACAGUCAAGGGGGAUACAACACCUCUGGAUAUGAACUCGGCAGGUCCACUAUGAGUACCCCAUCUUCAGCCAUGUUAUCAGGGAAACCGAGAGACUCGAGACUUGAGCUCGAUGGAGUCACUCUGAGAGCCCCAUCAUCGCGGAGGUUCUCACUACCGAACCCCUGGACUUGGUCAUGGGUUCCAAGCGUACGGCCUAAAAUAGCAUCUCCGGCGUUCCCACCCUCGCCAGCCGAGCUCAACGGACUAUAG